AUGAAGGUUCCUGGAUCUCUGAUAACAUCCUCCAAGGUUCCUGGAUCUCUGAUAACAGCCUCAAAGGUUCCUGGAUCUCUGAUAACAUCCUCCAAGGUUCCUGGAUCUCUGAUAACAGCCUCCAAGGUUCCUGGAUUUCUGAUAACAGCCUCCAAGGUUCCUGGAUCUCUGAUAACAGCCUCCAAGGUUCCUGGAUCUCUGAUAACAGCCUCCAAGGUUCCUGGAUCUCUGAUAACAUCCUCCAAGGUUCCUGGAUCUCUGAUAACACCCUCCAAGGUUCCUGGAUCUCUGAUAACAGAGAUCCAGGAGUCGAACCUUGGAGUCGAACCUUGGACCUCCAAGGUUCCUGGAUCUCUGAUAACAGCCUCCAAGGUUCCUGGAUCUCUGAUAACAGCCUCCAAGGUUCCUGGAUCUCUGAUAACAGCCUCAAAGGUUCCUCUGGCCGCCUUGGAGGCUCCGAGGUUCUUGCGCCUCUGGCAUUGCCCUCCAGUCUCUUGGCUUACUCGUCACCAGGCUCCAGAAUUUCUUUGUGGCUGCACUUUUGAGGAGUCUUACAGCAGCUGUGGGUACAGCGUGUCUUUAGGAACCAACGGAUUUACUUGGGAACAGGUCAACUCCUGGGAAAAACCCACCAUGGAUCCCGCCCUGCCCACUGGCUCGUUUAUGGUAGUGAAUGCAUCGGGCCGUGCGUCAGGACAGAAGGCUCACCUGUACAUGCCCACCCUGAAGGAGAACGACACCCACUGCAUCGACUUCCUGUACUCUCUGUCCAGUCGCGACGGGGCAAGCCCAGGAACUUUAAACGUCUACAUCAAGGUGAAUGGAGGCGCUCAAGGUAACCCGGUGUGGAACGCCUCGGAUACCGUCACCGAAGGCUGGGUCAAGGCUGAACUCGCCAUUUCCACAUUCUGGCCCAACUCCUAUCAGGUAAUAUUCGAGGCGGUUUCGGUCCAAGGCCACCCAGGUUUCAUCGCCAUCGAUGACAUACGAGUUCUCGCUCAUCCUUGCCGUAAAGCUCCUCAUUUCCUGCGGCUGCAAAAUGUGGAGGUGAACGUGGGACAAAAUGCCACGUUCCAGUGCACUGCUGGAGGGAAAUGGUCUCAGCAUGAUAAACUCUGGCUGCAGCAGUGGAACGGAAAAGAUACGGCGCUGAUGGUGACCAGGGUGGUCAACCACCGCCGCUUCUCUGCGACGGUGAGCGUUGGUGACACGUCGCAGCGGAGCACCAGCCGCUACCGCUGCGUCAUCCGAUCUGGCGGAUCCGGAGUUUCCAACUACGCCGACUUGAUCGUUAAAGCCCCGCCCACUCCCAUCGCUCCCCCUGAACUCCUCGCCGUUGGCGCCACCUACCUGUGGAUCAAACCCAACGCCAACAGCAUCAUCGGAGACGGGCCGAUCAUCCUGAAGGAGGUGGAGUACCGCACCACUACAGGAAACUGGGCUGAGACCCACGUGGUUGACGCCCCCACCUACAAGUUAUGGCACCUGGACCCAGAUGUGGAGUACGAGAUCAAGGUUCUGCUGUCCAGACCGGGCGAAGGGGGGACUGGGCCGCCGGGGCCGGCGCUGAUAACCAGGACUAAAUGUGCAGAUCCCGUCCACGGACCCCAGAACGUCAAUGUGGUGGACGUCCGCGCCCGCCAGCUGACCAUCCAGUGGGAAACGUUUGGAUAUGCCGUGACGCGAUGCCACAGCUACAAUCUGACUGUUCAGUACCAGUAUGUGUUCAAUCAGCAAGAGUUUGCAGCUGAGGAGUUGAUCCAGACGUCGUCUCAUUACACGCUGAGGGGACUGAGGCCCUUCGUCACGGUCAGGCUGCGCCUCGUUCUGGCCAACCCCGAGGGCAGCAAAGAGAGCGAGGAGAUCGUCAAACAGACGGAGGAGGACGUGCCCGGGUCUGUGCCGAUGGAGUCGCUGCAGAAUACGCCAUACGAAGAGAAGAUCUUCAUGCAGUGGAAAGCUCCCAAUGAGACCAACGGGGUCAUCACUCUGUAUGAGAUCACAUACAAGGCCCUGAGUUCCCUGGAUCCCAGUGCUGACCUGACGACCCAGAGGGGACGAGUGUUCAAGCUGAGGAACGAGACCCACCAUCUGUUUGUCGGCCUUUACCCCGGAACCACCUACUUCUUCACCCUGAAAGCCUCCACCAACAAGGGCUUCGGGCCCCCCGUCACCACCCGCAUAACCACAAAGAUCGCAGCUCCCAUGAUGCCGGAAUAUGAAUCAGAAAUGGCUCUCAAUGAGACGGAGACAACCAUCACCAUCCUGCUGAAGCCUGCCCAGUCCAGAGGAGCACCAAUCAGCUCCUACCAGCUUGUUGUGAAGGAAGAGAGGAAGUCUAAAAGUCGGCGUGCCGCCUCUGAAGCUCCAGAGUGCUUUUCUGCCCCGUUCAGCUUCCGCAACGCCUCCAUCCUCAACUCUGGGUACUACAUGGCUGCUGAUCUUCCGCCUUCCAGUCUCACGGUGGUUCAGCCAUUCACAGUGGGAGACAACAAAAGCUACGGUGGCUUCUGGAACCCUCCGCUGUCACCGGCCAAGAGCUACAGCAUCUACUUCCAGGCUAUGAGCAGAGCCAAUGGGGAAACCAAAAUCAACUGCGUCCGUCUGGCUCGCAAAGUGGUAAUAGGUAGGGGACAAAUAACAACGCCGUACAUUCUAGUCAUCCCAAGCGAAGGUGCAUCCACCCAGGAUUCGGACGCCAUGGAGCCGGAGAAGCAGGUGGACAGCACGGUGAAAAUGGCUGGCAUGAUCGCAGGGAGUCUUAUGAUCAUCAUCAUCCUCCUCGGGGUCAUCCUGACCUUCAAGCGCAGAGAGAUUCACACAUGGAGAACUCUGAGCGUGGGAAGACAUGCUUAUUCCUACUCUUAUUACCUGAAGUUGGCCAAAAAGCAGAAGGAAACUGCGAGCAGCUCCACCCAGCAGAGGGAGAUGGGUCCGGUCACCACGGCUGAUAAGAGCACCACUAAAGUGAGCACCUUGCACAAAGACGACCCGUUCUCCACGUCCAGCCCAGACCUCAACGGCUUCAGUGAGUCCCCCCCCUGCUCCUUCUCUGUGCAGGGAAGCAAAACACUGCAGAGCAAAUCCUUGCUGAAUUCCUACUACUCAGUAUCCAAAGAGCCUGUUCCAGCUACAACUUCAAUAGAUGGAAGCCAGCCGUCUCUGGCGCAGCCGUCCCUGACUUUACAAAGUUUUCCUUACGGAGGCUGUGAGUCUGUGGAGCUCUCCUACCAGAGCGGUCAGUUCCAGGCGGGCCAGUUUCAGCCAGCUAUUCGAGUUGCAGAUCUCCUGCAGCACAUCACACAGAUGAAAUGUGGACAAGGAUAUGGCUUUAAGGAAGAAUAUGAGGCUUUGGCGGAGGGUCAGACAGCACCGUGGGAGACGGCCAAGAAGGACGAGAAUCGCAACAAGAACCGCUACGGCAACAUCAUCGCAUACGAUCACACCAGAGUCCGACUGCAGCUGCUGGAUGGAGACCCUCACUCCGACUACAUCAACGCCAACUAUAUUGAUGGCUAUCACAGACCCAGACAUUACAUCGCAACACAAGGGCCCAUGCAGGAAACGGUGAGGGAUUUCUGGAGGAUGGUUUGGCAGGAAAACUCGGCCUCUAUUGUCAUGGUUACAAAUCUGGUGGAGGUGGGACGGGUGAAAUGUGUUCGUUACUGGCCUGAUGAGACAGAGGUCUAUGGAGACAUCAAGGUGACCCUGAUAGAAACUGAGCCUCUGGCUGAAUACGUCAUCCGGACAUUCACUGUCCAAAAGAAGGGCCACCAUGAGAUCCGUGAACUUCGUCAGUUUCACUUCACCAGCUGGCCGGAUCACGGCGUUCCCUGUUACGCCACGGGACUGCUGGGCUUCAUACGGCAGGUCAAGUUCCUCAAUCCACCGGACGCUGGACCCAUAGCGGUACACUGCAGCGCUGGUGCAGGGAGGACAGGUUGCUUCAUCGCUGUGGACAUCAUGCUGGACAUGGCAGAGAAUGAAGGAGUGGUGGAUAUUUUCAACUGCAUCCGUGAACUAAGAUCCCAACGGGUCAACAUGGUCCAGACAGAGGAGCAGUAUGUGUUUGUUCAUGACGCCAUCUUGGAAGCAUGUCUAUGUGGGAACACAGCGAUUCCAGUGUGUGAGUUCAGGGUUUACUACAAUAUCAGCAGACUGGAUCCACAGACCAACUCCAGCCAGAUUAAAGAUGAGUUCCAGACGCUGAAUAUAGUGACACCUAGAGUUCGUCCAGAAGACUGCAGCGUGGGCUUACUGCCCCGGAACCACGAUAAGAACCGCAGUAUGGACGUUCUGUCUGCUGACCGAUGUCUGCCUUUCAUAUCUGUUGAUGGCGAGAGCUCCAACUACAUCAACGCUGCAUUAAUGGAUAGCCACAAGCAGCCAGCAGCCUUCAUCGUUACCCAGCAUCCUUUGCCAAACACCAUGGGGGACUUCUGGAGGCUGGUGUUUGACUACAACUGCUCCUCCAUUGUCAUGCUCAACGAGAUGGAUGCAGCACAGUUAUGUAUGCAGUACUGGCCGGAGAAGAACUCAUGCUGUUACGGCCCGAUUCAAGUGGAGUUCAUAUCAGCGGACAUCGAUGAAGACAUCAUCAACCGAAUCUUCAGGAUCUGCAACAUGGCUCGGCCACAGGACGGUUACCGCCUGGUGCAGCACUUCCAGUUCAUUGGCUGGCCCGCCUACAGGGACACGCCUCUUUCGAAGCGCUCCAUCCUCCAGUUGGUCCGGAGGUUGGCCAAGUGGCAGGAGCAGUACGACGGCGGAGACGGGAGGACUGUGGUGCACUGCCUCACCGGUGGAGGACGUUCUGGAACGUUUUGUGCCAUCUGCAGCAUCAAUGAGAUGAUCCAGCAGCAGAACAUUGUGGACGUUUUCCACACAGUCAAGACACUGAGGAACAACAAGACCAACAUGGUGGAGACGAUGGAACAGUACAAGUUCUGCUAUGAAGUGGCUUUAGAGGCUCUGAACUCCUUCUGAUCCGACGCGUCUCCGCUGCAGACGCCUCCUCCCGGAGACCCACGGAGUGAAAAACAGCUUCUUGUUGAGCUGAGCUCAACCUGGGAGAGCGUGUGUGUGCAUCCUUUUGGUGUGCCUGUGACCUGUACAGAGGAUGGGGGGAAAGCCGCCAACAAACACACUCAAUGUUUUGUGUGUGCAUUUGCUUCAGCAAGACAAUGGACUUUACAUGCUUGUAUAAAGAGAAAUUAUGUUAAAACAUUGAGAUGUUUUAAAAAAAAAAAGCCAAUUUUUUUCCCCUUGUUUUCUUUCUCUUUCCUCUCUGCCAGGCUGUGAUGUGACUAAUGUACAGUAUUUCCUUUUUAGAUAUAUUCUACGCCUUGAAUGUUGUCUCCCUCUGAAGGCUCGAAGCACACUGGAAGGUUUUACAGAAUGAACGUCAGCUUAAAAUAAAAGAAAUCACAUUUUUUAGAGCACAUUUGCUCUUUGACUGAAACAAACUGUUACUAAUGCAACAAAAUUAGUUUUACCAGGUCAGAAAACGAUAACUGCAGAACAUGGAUCAACAUGUCCUACGUUUGAAGGCCAAAGCAACUGAAUUUCUUCUCUUUCUGGGUACAGUGAUGAAGAGCGAGUCUUCCAGUGUGCGUCCUCUCUUUCUGUAAAUAAGAUAAGGCAACCACAGUCAAACAAACAAACACCAGAACAAAAUUAUUUCACUGCAGCUCUGAAAAGCUGUUUGUCAUUUUCAUUCAUUUAUAAUUUGGUGUUUUCUUUCUACAUCCUGUACAUGUAUGAAAAUAAGAUUUUUUUAUAUUUUGCAUUUUGCUUUUCAGCUGCUGGAACAGGAUGCGGGUGCUUGAUUGUUAUGAUAAAAAAAAAAGUAUCUGUUUUGGAAAGAGUCUUUCUUCUAUCCAGCUAUCAGUGAUGCAUUUGCAUGUGUGACACUUUGAGCUUAGUGGAAAGGUGUAAAUAUGGAGAGAGGAAACCUUUUUCGCACUAUUUUUGCAAUGAUAGAUGGAUUUGAUCCAUUCAAGAUAUGUGCUCACCAAGUCUGAUCAGAAAGAAAUUUACUCUGUUAAGUGUCCUUGAUUUCCAUCCGAUUAUUAAGCCAUGCUCUGAGGUUUUAGAGGUGAAGUUUCCGUUUCAACCCUCCACUUUCUAAUCAUCAAAAUGACAAAGAUAUGGUUCACAUUUAUUUUUACUCUGCAACACGGAGAGCUGGUUUAAAAACUCAGACUUUAUUGGGUAGAAAAUCAUUUCAGCCUAUCAACAGAGAACCUACAUGAGGGAAAUGUGGAGCUAACAAGAACAGAGACCGCAGGUGUCUGUUCCCUCCCACUUAGUCAGGGGGAACAGAUGCCCCCUGUUGGCGUUAACAGACUUUACAUACCAGGACACAAUAAAAAUGUCCGUCUUUACCAGGAUCUAAGAUGAUUCAAAAAUAUGCAGAAGUCAACCAUCUGCUGAAAGGGGACAGCAAUGACACGCACAUGUCUGCUAAUGCGCUAAUAGCAGAGCUAAUAUUUCCUCAAGCUUUUUAUCUAACUAUAAAAACAUUUAGUGCAAUUUGAUUUUUUUUGAUAAAUUCUAAAGCUAAUUUACUUUCCAACCUUCAGUUGAAUGAAGUUUAGGUUACCGACUGUUACAAAUUCUUCAGGUUGGUAGAUGUUUGUAUUCAUGCUCUCAUUUUGAAGUGAGCACAGACGGUUUACGUUGCAGACGGUUCGGUUUUCUCUCCCCACGUUCUUUUUCCCCCCUAAAAACUAUUUCAAAUUAGAAACAUAAUAAAGUAAUGUUACUUCAAGAGGAUUAUACAACAUGCAAAUCAUGAAAACAUUAAAUUUGUGCUCAGGAAUUGUAAUUCUUCCAGAGCAUAUACAAAUCUAGUUAGCGCUUUAGCAUCAGGUUAGCACAACUAACAUUUUAGCUACCGUAGUUGUGCUAACUAUAAAGCACACGUUUUCAGUCUGAAAGCAGGAUUACACGUUUUUUGUUCUCAAAACUUUUGCUUACGUUUUCAUUUUGAAAGCAGGACUUCAUGUCUUUCUUAAAUCUUGGAACAUUUACCCAAACCUUUGUCCUCGUAAUCUUGCAGAACUCUGCUCGCUUAAGAAACAUUGUCUGCUUGACUUUGGAACCAUGCUGGGUGCGUUUGUUUCCUUCUAGCGGGUUUGCCUGUGUGGUGACUAUUGAUUGUGGCAACCUGCGCCACCCACUGGAUGUAGGGAGUUAGCUAAGUGAACAAACUCCUGCCUAAUAUCAGUAGGCUGUUAACGAUCAGUAGCAUACUGCUAGUGGAUGUUUCGUAUAACAUGGAACAGAAAGCUGAGGCCGUUGUUUCUCCCUACAUCCAAUGGGUGGCGCAGGUUGCUACAACCAAUAGUAGCCACACUAUGGCUACUCAGUGUGGCUGGGUGCUUUUGUUUCCUUCUACCGGAAACAAAUGGUACAACACUUUCAUUCUAUUGGCUGAGAAGUUGCCAGGUGACUGUGCCAAAAGGCAGUUCCUUGUUUUGUAAGCAAGCAGAGUCCAAGCAGAGACUAAUUGUGAGUGCGAGAAGUUUUGAGUACAAGUGAACGACUUGAUCAACUUGAAUUAAAAAAAAACCUAGGAGAAACAAAUGUCUGCAAACACAUUUAAACAGAAGCAACUUUGUAAGGAAGAGUAGCUGAGAAUUUCCUUCACAACACUUUGUGAUUACUGAAAUGACUGGAUCUACGUAUAACUUCUUCAUUUUGGCAUAUUUGUUUUACUAAUUGUGGUGGUUUUAAGGCGUUUUUAUACAUUUGAGGUCAGAUUUCUGUAUUUGUUUUUCUUGUUUCCUGAAAUCUAAAACAUUAACACUGAAACGGGGAUUUUCCUCCUAACCCAACUUUACCUUAAGCCUUUUAGAACCAGAAAGUAUAUAAUUCACUCCUGUGUUGGUUAUUUUAUUCAGAAAUUUCUCAUAAUUGAAUGAUUUGAACAACAAAAAUAUGUUCAUAAUCAAAAAAGCAGCAAAGCUCACUCUGCAAACCAUGUAAAAGAAUAUGACAGUCUUUGUUUACGUUCUCCUUCCCCCCCAGCUUGAGUCCAUCUGGACUUAUUAUGGACCUAUUGAGACAGAUUAUAACAGUUCUAUACUGAAGACAGCGUGAAUGACAGAAAUCUUUUCCCAUUUUUAUUUUUACAGAAGCUUUAUUUUACUUUAUGUGCUUGAUUCACGACUCUUGUACUAUAUUUUGUUUCUGAUCCAUUCAUUGUGAGGUUUUGUCCUGAAUUUGUACAUUUCUUUUGUAAAAUUCUUACUCUGAUGAUUAUUUGUCAAGCAAAGUGCUGUUUCGAUCUGGUGAUGCCAUUUUCAUUGGUUGUUUAGUUGUUUGAAAUGUGGUUAACAGUAAAUAAAGGGACCAAAACACUGAA